AUGAAGUUUCUAGCACUGGUACUCAUUCUCAUUUGCGCGAUUCAUCUUGCCUCUUCCGACGAUGUACAGAACUGUGUCAAUGCAGUCGUGAGAACUAUAAAUGUCCCACAAGCCGUUGCAGGAACUCUUGAAGAUCUUAUCAAUUGCCUUAAUAUAUGUCACUCUAAACCAGGAUUUGAAAGCUGUUUGAAUAAUUGUAAUCCGUUUCUUGCAGAUUUAUUAGCCUUUGUUCCAGCAACAACAGGCGUUAAAAUACUUAUCGGGGCCUAUAACAAUGUUGCUGGUUGUUAUGGUUACAUUACAACUGCUGUUACCUGGAUUCUUAGAAAUAUCUAUAAUAUGGUAGAGGGGGGAGUUAUGGAAUCGAUUUGUCAGCAACUUCUUAAUGAUCCCAACAACAGAGAGUUUUAUGAUAUAUUAUGUAUAGUAGAAUAG